CACAACAGGGCACACAGGCCGCGAGUCCCUGUAGGCGCCCAGCUCAACAACACCUGCAACUACUUAAACUCCAUGGCUCAGGUUCUACCUGCAGAUUGUCGGGUGGAGGAGGAGUGGAGCACCGCCCUGCUGGACUGUUUCGAGGAUUCAGCCACGUGCUGUUAUGGGUUCUGGUGCGGGCCUUGUUUGUCUUGUACCGUUUCGGGGCGCAUGAAGGAGUGCUACUGCCUCCCCCUCUGUGACUACUGUAACCCCGCCAUCCUCGCCUCCUGCUGCGUGGGGGUCCCCAUAUGCAUUCCACCGGCUGCAUUUGGCCUGCGGGUGGCGCUGAGAAACAGAUACAAAAUUAAGGGCUCUCUGCUGAACGACAUCUGUGUUUCUUGGUGCUGUGCUCCAUGCUCGUGGUGUCAGAUGCAUCGUGAGCUCAAACUGAGGAAUAUGAAACCGAAUGUGAUAAACAUCCAAAAUGUGGUCAACAUGCAGCCGGCUCCUGUCAUGCACCAGGCCGUGCCCAUGGGUAUGGGCCCCAUGGGCCCAAUGCCCAUGGGGCCCAUAUAA